AUGGGAAGCAACAAACAGAGUAAAACACAAGACUGCAUUAACCUUGGCCAAAGUAGGGGAACUCCAAAGGGGAGCCCUUCAGCCAACGCUCGCUCCAAGAGUUGCCCGGGAAAGAACGGGCUCCUCAUGCCAGCCAAGAAGGUCAGGGAUUGUGUGGCACUAGGGGACAAUGAUUUCGCCCGAGGUGAGCACCGCUUCUCCCCGGGAUAUGCGGUUCUCCCGCAGCCCCAGUCCCCAGGGACCGCUGGUGUCCACGGAACCCAAACUCAAGCGGCGCCUUUCCGCACCCCGGACCAAAGAGACAAAUGGGGCAAGAAAAUGGACUUCCUGCUGUCAGUCAUUGGAUUUGCGGUGGAUCUGGGCAACGUCUGGCGCUUCCCUUACGUCUGUUAUCAAAACGGUGGCGGUGCUUUUCUCAUCCCCUACACAUUAAUGGCAAUGUUUGGGGGAAUUCCUCUGUUCUACAUGGAGCUGGCCUUGGGACAAUACCAGAGGACUGGCGUGAUUCCAGUUUGGAAGAGGAUAUGUCCAAUAUUUAAAGGGAUUGGAUACGCAAUCUGUAUCAUAUCAUUGUAUGUUGCUUUUUACUACAAUACCAUCAUAUCCUGGGCUCUCUACUACUUCUACUGUUCAUUUACGGCCACUUUGCCCUGGACCAACUGUGACAAUCCUUGGAAUACACCCAACUGCACCAACUACUUUGGCAAGAAUAAUGUCACUUGGAAUAACUUCUCCAGAUCUCCAGCUGAAGAGUUUUUUAUACGAAAUGUUCUGGAGAUUCAUAAAUCCAAAGGGCUGCAUUAUGUGGGUGUGAUCCGCUGGCAACUUCUCUUAUGUCUCUUUGUCAUAUUUACCAUCGUUUACUUUAGCCUCUGGAAGGGAGUCAAAACAUCUGGCAAGGUGGUCUGGGUAACUGCCACGCUGCCAUAUCUGGUGCUUUUCAUCCUUUUGAUAAGAGGAGCCACUUUACCUGGGGCAUGGCGAGGUGUGGUCUUUUACCUUAAACCAAACUUUAAGAAGUUAUUGGACACAGAUGUGUGGGUGGAUGCAGCUACACAGAUUUUCUUCUCUAUGGGUCCUGGAUUUGGAGUGAUCAUGGCUUUAGCGAGUUACAACCAAUUCAACAAUAAUUGUUACCGAGAUGCAAUUGUCACCAGUUUAGUGAACUGCCUGACUAGUCUCUUGUCAGGCUUUGUAAUUUUCACAGUACUGGGAUACAUGGCUGAGAUGCGCAAUGUUGACGUGGAGGAAGUGGCAAAAGACAAAGGUUCGGGCCUCCUGUUUAUAACUUAUCCUGAGGCCAUUGCUAACAUGGAUGGCUCCCCCUUCUGGGCAAUCCUCUUUUUUCUCAUGGUGAUAACUCUAGGCCUGGAUAGUACAUAUGGAGGCCUGGAGUCUAUCAUUACAGCUGUGAUAGACGAAUAUCCUCAUCUGUUUGCUAAAAGGAGGGAACUGUUUGUGCUGGGAUUGGUUGUUGUGUGUUUUAUGGGCUCUCUCAGCACUCUUACAAAUGGAGGGGCAUACGUUGUCAAACUGAUGGAAGACUUUGGAUCAGGUUCCUGUCUUAUUGCUGUAGUAUUAUUAGAAUCCAUUGCGGUGUCUUGGUUUUAUGGUGUCCAGCGAUUCUGCAGUGAUAUCCAGACAAUGUUGGGUCUCUCACCAGGACUGUUUUGGAGGGUUUGUUGGGUGGGGAUCAGUCCUGCCUUCCUAGCUUUUAUUACAGUGAGCUCACUUGUCUAUCAGCCCCCACUCAGUCUAUUUGGUUACGAUUAUCCAGACUGGAGUUUGACAGUCGGAUACCUGAUUGGAGCUUCAUCCUUCAUAUGGAUUCCAGUAUACAUGGUGUAUAAAUUGGUAUGGACGCCUGGAUCUCUUAAACAGCGUCUGGCAGUCUGCAUUCGGCCAGAGAAGACAAUCAGAGACCAGAAGCCUGAUUCAUUCUGCAUGAAUACUAUCCCUUAAUUCCUUGUACAUAUUGCAUGCAGAAACUUUCUUUGGGAUUGACAUGGAUUUUUAAAAAAACCCACGGAAGAAUUUGUGUGAGGUGGGAAAUGAAAAAGCAGUUGAUACUGCAUUUAACAUUUCAACUUCAGCAAGAACAGAAAUAUGAACAGUAAUAAGGAAUUCUGCAGAAGCUUUGACAAGAAGCUUAUUGUUAACAUAUAGAUAAAAAGACCUUUCACUUUGUACCUUUUGUAAUUUUGUGGGUGAAAAAAAAUUCAAGAAAAUUGUUGUUACAAAACAUCUAAUAAUGUUUUACUAACUUAUCAGCAUCUACCGCUGAAAAAUUCUGACUUGCCAACCAUGUAGACCAAAUGUUUGAGAUUUGCAUUACUUACAGUCACAAGAACUUGAACUCAAAGAAAUGCUUUUACACAUUAAACCUUGCUCUUUGUCCUGAAUUAGUUCACGGUCCCAUAUCCUAGUGCAAGACAGCUAGAUUGUUCACUUAAAUCAAUUGUUUGCCCAAUCUUAAAUUAAUCAGUGAGCAAUCCCAUAAUGCCAUUUCAGUGUACUUCCAAAAUUAUACAAGAUAUGAUGCUGUUACUUGGUUUUGUACUUGUUAUUAAUGAACAUUUGAAGAUUAUGAUUUUUAAA